AUGAAAUACGAGCAUGGAGGACUCGGUGAGUCUCUCUUCUCGGCCACGAAGCACCCGCGCGCCACUUUAUCGCCCUCGCCCAGAUCAAGAACGUGCUCGCUAGCUGGGCCUUCGACCCACGUCACGUGGACCACGAUCACACACCGAGACUGACAUUCUUGUCCUGUGCUGUCCAUCAGAUCAACUUGAUCCGAACCCGUCCAAGCUAGAUCAGCAUGGAUCUUUUGAUCGCCGCAAAAAUUGUGCUCCUCGGCACAUUGCUCCCGACCCGGAAACACCCCUCUCCCCCGCCUUCGUCAAUGAACAGGGGCCCCGCAUCGGGGCCGAACUUGACCGCUCCUCCGCCUCCCCUCAAUCAGCUGACUUGAGGAAUGAGAUGGCGCACCUCAAGCGGAGGAUCCAGUCUAUGACCGAGAUGUUUGGGAGGAUGGAAGUGGAAAGGAGGGAGACGAUGAUGGAGGUGGAGAACCUACGUCGGGAGGUGGCGUUGAGUAAGAGGAGGAGGGGGCAGGGGUCGAAGAGUUUGGCGGUGGUCUUGUUGUGAGUUCAGCGAGCCCUUGCCCGUGGCUUCAUGAAUUUGGUGUUGAUAUAACAACUUUAUCGCCCAAAGGGACUUUGAACUCGACAUGUUCGACUCCGCGCUCUUCCGCCGGCCCGACGAAGCGGGUCGAAAUGCCGCUCGAGGAUUGCGCAACAAAGUUCGGUCGUACCUACCCGCAGAGAGAGCGGGCUGCAGUGUGAUGGUCUAUAUCUUUUUGUGGGUACUUCUCCUAUUGCUGUUCUCCUUCCGUGUUCUGUUUAUGCUUGAACUGUUUUUUGUUGGGUGUCGAGCAGAUCUCGGGACUCACAACUCGUCGCGGAUAUGUGCGCUGAGGGUGUAAUUAGCUCGGAGAGAGAGUUGGACGAAUUUGUGAGCAUAGGUUGCUUAGUACAGUAUGUUCACUCUGCUUUAAUACUGACUGCAGCACUUGAGAUUCCACCAGGUGGCCUCGUUCAACAAGGCACAUCCUUUGUUUCUCCUCGUAUCGUCCGAUGCACCGAGGAACGAGACACUGCAGCGCUUACGAGGUUGGUCGAAUGCGCCGUUCACUCCCUUCAAUUUCUCGAAGUUCACUAACUGAUCUCAGAUCUUGACCACCAAGGCCUAGCAGCGCUCUAUUCCCGCCUUGACUCUUGCUCGUCGCUCAUCCUCGGUCGUUGGGCCCUCGACCUCGAAUGCGCCAACAUGAUCUGUUCUGGACCUUCAACAUCCGAGGAAACUCCGAGAUACCUAAAAAAAAUCAGCUUUGUUGAACCUGUUGUCGGAACUUGGGUUCCUCCCGAAUUGAUCCAACGCUCUCCUGUUAUUCUGGACACUUCGGGUUUGCUGAGGAAGACAUUGCUGCGCCGAAAUAAGGGGGCGGUGAGGGGGUUGAAGCUAGAUGAGUAUAGAGUAAGUCCAUAUCGGAUGGCUUUGAUGGCUACUCGAGCUGAGCUCAGAAUGGGAAGAAUGGGAUUACAGUCACUCCUGGAUCAAGCCCCUCCCAUUUGCCUGCAGCACUAUCUUGGAGAGCUACCGUGCGCGCUCGACAGCUGCGCUUUCAGUCAUGCCUAUACAAUUCCCAAGGUAAGUCCUUUCGCCUUGUCUGGAAGAUUGAAAUAAGAGUUCCAACAUCUGCGUUUUCAUUCCAGGACAAGCUCGACACACUUCGCCACAGUCUCCUCUCCACACCUUGCGCACAAAUUCUUCAAGGCACCGAAUGUGCUCUAGCGGACGGUUGCUUCUUCGCGCACGUUUGUCCUCGAGGAUUGAGCUGCUCUCGACAAGGCUGCGCCUUCCCAAACUUCAUGCAUCCGGAUCUAUCGACGGUGGUCGUUCCUAGGCUCCGUACACCCCUAACCAAGCCGACGACCGAUCCGGGGAAAGAAGCACCUUGGCCCCAAUUCGUCAAGCGGGCUGAACUUCGUCUCCCACGGUCGUCAUUUGUCGUCAAGCUCAAAGAGUCGAAAGAGAAGAUACAGUCCCAAGCGAUCUCCUCGAUCAUGCCUCAUCUCUCGAAGAGCCACUAUAGCGUCCUUCCCGACUCGAGCGUGACCGAUUCCCUCGUCGUUGCUCCAGCCCCUCUGAAAUCAUCCAAACCAUCUCUCAUUCAGCCAUCUUCCUCGAAAACGAUCGAUCGCAUAAAGAGCGGGGACAAUAUCAACAGGGCCGCGAUUCAACGUCUUGGAAUUCAAACGCUGUCGAAUGAGGGUCACGGUCCUGGUUCGAAAUCGGGUCGCGCCGGAGGCCCGAAGUGGUGGCAGGUGCGAUGA